UAAAAAUGAAGCUCGCCAUUGCUCUCGUUGUACUAUUGUCAGCCGUGUGCAUAAAUGCCCAUGCUCCGUGUUAUGGUAAGGGUUGUGGAGGCUAUGAUGGCGGUUAUGGUUUAGGAUACGGUGGUUAUGGUUUAGGAUAUGGUGGUUAUGGAUUAGGAGACGGCGGGAUUGGAUUAGGAUAUGGCGGGAUUGGAUUAGGAUAUGGCGGAUAUGGAUUAGGAUAUGGCGGGAUUGGAUUAGGAUAUGGCGGAGUAUAUGGUGGAUAUGGCAAGGGAUAUGGAAUAGGUUUAGGACAUAUCGGAGGAUAUGGUGGAGAUUACAUUGGAUAUGGUAGCGGAUAUGGUUUGGGUAGAGGAUAUGGUUUGGGUAGCGGAUAUGGUUUGGGUAUCGGAUAUGGUGCAAAAAAAGGGGCUUAUUAAGGACAUCUCUUCUCGAAAUGGUAAAACGGACAUGACAUAUUACAUCAUAAUCUACAUAUUUAUUUCUGUACAUAUACUGCAAUAAAGAUAUAGCCGGC